AUGCGCAUUGUUGACUAUUUCACGCGACCGCGUGGCCACCAGGCACAUGCUGGUGACGAAAUACCUACUAUGGAAGCCCCAAAAGUAAUUGAGCCUACUAUCAUCUCUAGUCCAGAGUCGUCUGGCGCUGUUACACCUGCCCACAUGCUAUCUUCACCGGCUGGUAGUGAUGACCCUCUUAUCUUCGAAAAGAUCCCGCAACAGUUUGGCCGCCUGGGUUCUUGGAAAGGGUCUUUGAUCUUGCUUGUCACCUCCGGCUCUCAGUUUCUCGACAAUGUCUUCAUGACAAGCGCCAAUAUUGCCCUGUCGUCAAUUCAAAGGGAUUUCGACGUGUCUAGUACAGAUUUGCAAUGGAUGAUCUCUGCAUACACAUUGUCAUUUGGUGGCUUUCUGUUGUUAGCAGGUGCUUUGUCUGAUCGCUAUGGACGAAAGAAGGUUCUUUGUUUGGGUCUUGGCUGGCUCUCGGUGUGGACUUUGGCCAUUGGAUUUGGACAGUCUUUUAUUCAGCUGACGAUAUUCCGUGGCAUUCAAGGAAUUGGAGCCGCGAUGACCGUGCCAUCUGCAAUCGGAAUCAUCAGCUCCUACUUCAGUGGUGUAGAUCGCACCCGUGCACUGUCGAUUUAUGGAGCCUCGGGAACCCUGGGAUUCUGUACCGGUCUCAUCUUUGGUGGUUUCUUGACCUCUUCGCUUGGCUGGAGAUACAUCUUUUAUUUGAUCGUCAUAAUCACCGGGUCCUUGGGAACUCUAGGCUUUAUCGUCCUCCCGAGUGAUGUUCCUUCUGAAAUAAAGCACGAGAGAAUGGACUACGUUGGUGCGGUAAUGUCUACAGCUGGCCUGAUACUGCUCCAAUUUGUCCUUUCCAGUGGCGGAACCUACGGCUGGGACCAGCCGUUCAUUAUUGUGUUACUGAUAUUGGCGGUUGGUCUUCUUGUUGGAUUCGCAAUCUUUGAGAAAUACGUCACAAAUCCUAUCAUGCCACUUUCUUUGUGGAAAAUCCGCAAUUUCGCCGGCCUUUGGGUUAUUGGUUUCACUGGCUAUGGCACCUACCAAAACGUUAUUUACUAUAUCGUUCUUGUGGCACAGGAAGUGGACAAGCUGCCUGCCGGCGAUACAGCCCUUCGCUUCUUGCCCAUGGGGGCGAUAGGCUUCAUUGUGUCUCUUGGAACAGGAAAACUUCUCGAAUUUAUGAAUGGAAAGCACCUCCUCAUCGCCGGACUGGUUCUGGCUGUGGUCGCCCCCAUCUCGAGUGCUUUGACUUCCAAUCCUGAAGCAGGCUUCUGGCUCAAUGUUCUUCCCACAUCCCUUAUCAGUAUCUCAUCCGUGUCUUUCAUCUUCGUCACGACGAGCACUGUGGUACUCACAAGUGUACCAGUCGAAGUCAAGAGUCUUGCUGGCGGAAUGCUCAACACUGCCUUCCAAAUUGGCUCUGGCGUUGCAUUGGCGAUUUCAGCGGCUGUUACCGACGCCGUCGACAUUCAACAAGGACACACUAUCGCAGAGCAAUACGCUACUGGCCUCUGGUGUUCUGUUGGUCUGGCCGGGCUUGGAUUGAUCAUCGGCCUGUUUGCGGUUCGGCAUAAAGGUAUUGGGCCAAAAGAUAGACUGGGUGCCGGCUCAGUUGCUAUUUAA